AUGGGCAGAGAGAACAUCGCACACUAUCAAUUGGAGAAGGAUCAUGAAACUGAUUUGGUGGUUUUGCCAUCGGAAGAAGAGGUCAAGGAUGAGAGAAGGGCUCCAGUGAAGAAGCAAACCUCCCACUCCAACUUCCCCUUCUCGUUGUCGAAGGAGUCUACUAUGGCUGAUUAUUUGCACAACAACCAGUACUACGUGGACUCCAUCAAGCACAACCAUUCAAACCAAAUUUUUGAUUUGAAUGGGAAGGGUCAAUCACCUCACACCUUAUGGAUCGGCUGUUCGGAUUCGAGAGCAGGCGAAGCUUGCUUGUCAACUUUGCCUGGUGAAAUCUUUGUCCACCGUAAUAUCGCCAACGUGGUUAAUGCCAACGAUAUUUCAUCUCAAGGUGUGAUCCAGUUCGCAGUUGAUGUGUUAAAGGUCAAGAAGAUCAUCGUCUGUGGCCAUACUGAUUGUGGUGGUGUUUGGGCUUCUUUGUCAUCGAAAAGAAUCGGCGGUGUCUUGGACUUGUGGUUGAACCCAGUCAGACAUAUCAGAGCUGCAAACUUGAAGUUGUUGAACGAGUAUAACCUGAACCCAAAGGAGAAGGCCAAGAAGUUGGCGGAACUCAAUGUUAUCGCUUCGGUUACUGCGUUGAAGAGACACCCAAGUGCUUCAAUGGCGCUCAAGAACGGCCAAAUUGAAGUUUGGGGGAUGAUGUACGAUGUUGCCACUGGAUACCUUUCUGAGGUUCAAAUUCCAGAUGACGAAUUUGAGGAUUUGUUCCAUGUUCAUGAUGAGCAACACGAAGAUGACUUCAACCCACACUGA